UACGCUUCAAAAUACAGGAUUGUUAGGAAACGGCAACUUCGAGCUUAGCCCCAAUCCAUCGGACAUGAAAGGGACAGUGGUGCUAAGACACAACGCCCUACCAAAAUGGGAGAUAUCGGGAUUAGUAGAGUACAUAAAAUCGGGUCAAAAGCAAGGCGACAUGUUGCUAAUAGUGCCAGAGGGAGCAUUCGCUGUGAGGCUAGGCAAUGAGGCGUCGAUCAAGCAAAGGGUUCAAGUGAUCAAUGGAAUGUACUACUCCAUCACCUUUAGUGCUGCCCGGACUUGCGCCCAAGAGGAGCGACUCAAUGUGUCGGUGGCGCCAGACUCCAGCGUGCUUCCGAUGCAGACCUUAUAUAGCAGUAAUGGUUGGGACUCAUAUGCAUGGGCAUUUCAAGCAGAAGUUGAUGUGGCGGAGAUAGUCAUACAUAAUCCUGGAAAGGAGGAAGAUCCGGCUUGCGGACCACUUAUUGAUUCGGUGGCCAUUAAAGCUUUGUAUCCUCCCAGAGCAACCAACAAAAACAUAUUAAAAAACGGGGAUUUUGAAGAAGGACCAUAUGUUCUCCCCAACACAUCUUGGGGUGUCCUAAUCCCGCCAAACAUAGAGGAUGAUCACUCUCCCCUGCCCGGUUGGAAAGUCGAAUCUCUCAAAGCUGUCAAGUACAUCGAUUCCGACCACUUCUCAGUGCCACAGGGAAAACGGGCGGUGGAAUUGGUGGCUGGAAAAGAAAGUGCCAUUGCUCAAGUGGCACGGACAGUCCCCGGAAAGGUCUACGACCUCUUCUUCGCUGUGGGAGACGCUAGCAACGCUUGCGAAGGGUCCAUGAUCGUCGAGGCUUUCGCAGGCAGAAACACCAUUAAGGUCCCUUAUGAAUCUAAGGGCAAAGGCGGGUACAAGCGCGCAAUCCUUAGGUUUGUGGCUACUACAACGCGAACUCGUAUAAUGUUUUUUAGCACAUUCUACACCAUGAGAAAUGACGAUUUUUCUUCCCUGUGUGGGCCAAUUCUUGAUGAUGUGAAGUUGUUGAGUGUUCAGAAGCCACGACGAAUGUAAAAAUACUCAGACUAUGCUUUAGUAGUAGUCUCAUGUAUUGAGGAACUGUUUUUUUUUUUUUUUUUUUUUUUCCCUUUGUGUAUGAGAUUUGAAUAUUUAUUACGGCUGAGUAAGGAAUUCGUGAAAUCUAUAAUCUGAUCUGGUCCAGUCCAAUCCAGUAGAUUUGAAUUGAUUUUUUGAAUUCGUGAUUAGGUUUCGGAUUGAAAAAUUAAAAAUCUGUAGUCCACAGAUCGGUUCCAGAUUGAAUCUCACGGUUCCGGAUUUGAACCGAUUCGGACCCUAUACAAAUAGCCUAUAUUUAUAUUAUACAUCCUCUCGCAUAGUAUCUUCUAUUA